AUGAAUGUUACCAGACAUAGACCUUAUACUCGUAGUCAAGGAAAACAAUCAUGCAGUGAAGUCGAAGAGCUUACUCAUGAACAACAUAUCAGAUUGAAACAAUUACAAGAUUGUUCAGAAGAAGUUGAUAGUAACAUGAUGGCAGAACUUUCAAAAUCAUGGGAUAGACGUUUUUCGAAAUAUGGAAAGUUAUUACAGCUGGAUGAUGCAUGUCUAAAGAAUAUACGUGAUAGGGUGAGAGAAGAUGAUUCUGUUAAACGCAGAGAAGAAUUAUAUCAGAUGUUGCUUACCUGGAAAGAGAAAACAGGUGAUCCAUCUGUUAAAAAUCUCAUCAGAUUACUGACAGCUUGUGGUGAUUAUAGUCCGAUAAAACCUUUAUUAACUCCCAGCUAUUGGACAAACGAUUAGUGCCUUAAUGAAAAGCAAUUGUGAUAAAGACUGACUUUAAUUAUCUAAUUGAACUUAGAAAUAAAAGAAAAUAACAUGUUUAAAGAUGGGUUUCCUUAUUUUUUAGUGUCAAAUUAAGCAAACUAUUUGAUUAUUUAGUGUUUCUCAUGAAUUAUCAUGUAUUCUUAAUCAUAUCAUUAUGUUCUUAUUGCAUAGAAUUAAGAGUUUUAACCAAUCAUAAAUUUACAUGUAUAUACAGUCUGGAUAAACAAAAAAAAGACUUUUUGACCUUUCUUGAUCAGUCACUUAUUUGAAUUUUGCUGGUAAUUUUCUCCUAAUUUAGCUAAUUAUUAAUUAUCCGCUCACAAGAAAAUGUGGACAUAUAUUGCCGUCACUCCUGUCCGUCGGUCAGUCAACAUUUCUUGUGAACACAAAAGAGACUACAGUUUUCAAUUGAUUUUAAUGAAGCAUGGUGUGAUCAUGUAUAUUGAUGCAAUAAUUUGAUGUGUUUGGAUUAUUGAUAUUGAUUUUUAUAUGCCCACAUGAAAUGGGCCAUAUCCGUCGGUCCGUCCACAAUUGUGCCUUCUAGAGUGUUUACGAGCUAAAAAUUGAACACGUUCUCUAGAACAGGGGCAGUAACUCCUACUAGAUAAUUUUCGAUUCUUCUGAUUUUCAAAAGGGCUCAUCUUUGGGUGAUAACAAACACUCACGCCAAGUUUUGUCAAAAUCCGUCAAGAAUUGUGUCUUGUACAGUGCUUAAAAUGAGGUGUCAUGUAAGCUGUAUUUUUUGUAUAUUAUGUUGUUUUAAAUAGAAUAUUUAACAAUCAACACAUUUUUAAUGUAAAUUGUUUCGUUUUGUUAUUAUAUUUAUUUUAUUGUUUUGAAUAGAACAUUUAACAAUCAAAUCAUGCAUAAUGUUAAUUGUUUUGUUUUGCUUUGUUUGUACGAGUCAGAAUUUAAAGCUUUAAAAUAUUUUAUUUCAUAACUUAGAUAAAUUGUAAAUAAUCUCAAGCAUAUUAACGUAAUUUUCUGUCAGAUUUAUUCAUUUUGAUUUUAAAGUAACAUGAACGAAUGUAUUUAUAAGAUAAAUUCGUUAAUUGACAAAUAUUAC